CAUUCAUGAAGGUUCCGUGAUGAAUAGACAAGAUGGCGCCAGUGUGUGUGGCUCGCCGUCUGUCUCUUCCCCUGCUGUGUUUGUUUGUGUUGUUUUUUUAUUGCUAGAGUCAACCCUCUUUUAAUGUACAAUCGCCAAACUCUGUUGGACCUCCGACUAGUUGCCAGUGAUCUUACCAAUACAACUUAUACUGGACAUAAGACGUUACCUCCAUUCCUAGCUGGGAUACCAGCUAACCUUUGUCGGACCCUGGCCCCAGCCUCACGGCGAAAGCGUUUCAGACGCCGGGGCAAACGUAGCGGUCUGCUCGUGAAACUUAAGGUGUACUUGGUGCGCUCUUCCCCGGCUCCUUGGAACAAACGUGGAUCUGUGCCUCAUCAUGUCUUUUCUCCGCGCUCUCUGGAGCCCAUCGAUGCCUGGCUGGUGCCCGUUGAUGUCCCAGCCGCGAAAGAUUUUCCCUCAUCUUCGUCGGCGCGGUGCGAACCUACAGAACCUGCGGCCGCUGUGUCGGGUCUCGCAGUCAGCCACGAACACGCUGACCUCCACCAGGCUAAAGAAGAAGCGCAAAACGCGCCGGGGUCGGAGGGCGAAGCUGAGAAGAGCUGCCGUUUCAGCUGCCGCCGUCGGGCCCUCUGCCGGCCCCUGAAGCUGGAGCCGCCGCCGUCGGGCCCUCUGCCGGCCCCUGAAGCUGGAGCCGCCUCUGCCGGCCCUCUGCCGGGCCCCCUGAAGCUGGAGCCGCCGCCGCCGGGCCCUCUGCCGGGCCCCCUGAAGCUGGAGCCGCCGGGCCCUCUGCCGGGCCCCCUGAAGCUGGAGCCGCCGGGCCCUCUGCCGGGCCCCCUGAAGCUGGAGCCGCCGCCGCCGGGCCCCGAUCCAGCAAAAGAAUGGCGGACAUGUUACAAGAAAUUGCCAAUAACCUGUCAGAAUUGGCAGACCUAAUAAAAAAAAAUAAAAGUGAAUGAAAAAUAAAACUGUGCUGGUCUGUGA